AUGAUAAACGUAGUGUUGACCUAACAACCCUGUUCCUGAAAAAGCUGGAUUGACGCAUAAAUGGUUGUUAAUAUAGAAAAACAAACACUAGCCACUCCUCUUUGCUUUCCAAUAAUAACAUUCACAGUUUCUCCUCUCUGCACAAGAAGGAGUUCUUUCUCUGAUUUUCUUCGACGUUUGUUUCCACCACGCGUCCAAAAAAAAACAUCAUGGGCCUCAGAUCUCUCUUCGGCAAGAAGAAAAAACUGCCCAAGACAACCUUGUCAAAGUCGUCAUCGUCAUCGUCCAAAUCAUCGUUAUCCAUGUCACUGCUUUCAUCGCCGCUACCGCAACCACCGUCAUCAUUGUCACUGCUGCAAAAUCAUUCACGUGCCCCCAUCACGGUGGAGUUGGAAUAUGUCUUCAGAAAGUUCGAUGCAAACGGGGACGGGAGAAUCUCGUCGUCGGAACUGGGGUCCAUGAUGAAGUGCCUCGGCCAACAUGCCACCGAAGAGGAGGUUUUCAGAAUGAUCCAAGACGUUGAUUGCGACGGCGAUGGGCACAUCAAUUUGCAGGAGUUCAUCGAGUUAAACACCAAGGGUGUGGACUCCGACGAGGUCCUUGAGAAUCUCAAAGAAGCUUUCUCCAUUUUCGACAUCGACGGCAACGGCUCCAUCACCGCGGAGGAGCUCCACAUGGUCAUGGCGAGCCUCGGCGAUGAGUGCUCCAUCGACGAGUGCCGCAGAAUGAUCGCCGGCGUCGACGGUGACGGCAACGGCAUGAUAAAUUUCGAGGAGUUUAAGAUCAUGAUGACAGGGAACACAUAAAUGAAUGAACAUAAUCGACCCAUCGAAUCAAAAAAGGUUUUUUUUUUUGUUCAAAACUUUUGGUCUCAAAAUUUUGUUUCUGUUCGUUCGCUUCUUUCUUUCUUUUUCCCUCGACAAAUCAACGUGGAUAGAUGCGUGUGGGUGGGUGCGCGUG